AUGCUAUCUGAUCAGUUUUUCACUGUCAAUUAUUCGUUAACUAUUGUGUCUUCAAUCGUUGGCUUAACUCUAUGUUUGAUAACCAUUACCAUCAUUAUCACACAUCGACGAUGCCGUAAUCUUACUAAUAUACUCUCUUGUAAUACAUGUACGGCUGUUGCUUUAUAUUUCAUCUUUCGAAUUGUUGCAUCCAUCUAUGGUCUUCGUCAAGAUUGGCAAUCUCAUCAACCAGCUUGUAUUUUUCGAGCAUAUUGUUCACUUGCGUUAUGUGCUAUUCUUUGUUAUUCAUACUCUAUUCAAGCAACUAGUCGAUUAUUUUUUGUUGUAUUCUAUAAACAUAAAUAUCUUGUUACGUGGCGUUCUCAUUUGAUCAUGAUUAUUGUCAAUUGGAUAGUAAGUGUUAUUAUAUCAAUCAAACCGCUUUUCUAUCAACAUGGUUUUGAACUUGAAAUAGAAUCUCGAAGUUGUGUUGUUACUCCUAAAAUUGUAUCACUAUCUAUGUAUACACUGCUAAUUAUAUUUAUUAUUCCGUUGAAUGUUGUAACAGUUUUUGGUGGUGUAAUUGUUUAUUAUGUUCGUAAGUCGAGCCGUCGAAUAGCAGCAAUUGCAUCAAACGUGACCGAAAAUGCAGCUCCAGCUCCAGUUCCAGUUGUUAGAUUUUAUCGAAAACGCGAGUUAAAACUCGUGAAAAAUCUGAUGAUUCAGUCAACCAUUAUCUCAUGUGGAGGAAUACUUUAUUUGAUUCUUGUUAUUUGGCAUGCCACACAAAAGCAGUCUCCACCUGAAUCAUUCUAUUUAUUGGCUUUAAAUUUAAUAACAAUUUUUACAGCAUUCAUGAUGAUUGCUCUAUUUCUAUUGAAUAAGCAAGUGAAAGAAGUUGCUUUGAAUUAUGUGUUUCGACAUCGUUGA